UAUGAACUUGUGAUAAGAAACGUGUCGAGAUAACUUCACACACUAGACGACUGUAUCCUAACGACAGCGACACGAUGAAUACUCUAAUAGUUCCAAUUAUUUGUAUUUUGAUUGUCAGUACCAAUUCAUUAUUAUUUGAUGUUACUGGUGGACUAAACAAUCUAAAUGCUUUUCUUGUGAAAAAUUGCAGGCCAGUAGCAGCUCCGGCUCACGGAACCGUGUCCUGUGCGUAUAGUGCUACAGAUUUGACUUGUACGGCAAAAUGUGACACUGGCUUCAGUUUCCAAGGUUUACCAGCAAAUAGCCAACUCUCAUUAAAAUGCACCACAACAAGCAUAUGGUCUGAUGGUGAUAGGUUCCAAGACUGCGUGUCUGGUGACGGACAAACCGGUACUGGGACCAAUGUAAGUCCAAGACCACCAGUAUUCACAGGAAAAUGUAUUGACCAACUAUCAGCUUGUCCAGGAGAAGGUGACUUUACAGCCUGUACCGCUUGUAAUCAGUUUGUGACAUGCGCACCUGAUGGUAUUUUCAUCACUACCUGUCCAGCGCCUACAGUUUGGGAUGAUAACGAGAAGAAAUGUUCUAUGGUAUCAAGAACAUGCUCAUAAACAAUGAACUAUCAUUAAGAACUAGUAUCAUCAUAGAAAAAAAGUUUUAAGUAGAGUGUAUUGCUCAUUUAGUGAUAUUUUGUAGUCACGUGUUAUGCAAAUAUAAGACAAAUUUAAAAAGAUCACAUAAAAUCAUCAAAUUAU